UAGAGCAUUGCAAAUGCGACAAAUGACUUUUGAUUAGUUUCUCGACAUUUAUUCGCUCUUAAUUUUUGGGGCGACAAAACUUUGGCGAAAUGGAUCAGCGACAUGUGCGAGCAGCUCGUCAGCUGCCUAGCAUGCGGCUCACGUUGGCGAUGACGGCGAUGACGACGAAGCCGUCAUGGGCAUCGAAACGGACGUGGACGUAGAAGUCGGGGCGAAGAUGGAGGCGGAGGUGGAGGUGGAGACGUGCACAGAGGGCCCAGGGCGUGGGUGGAGCUGGAGGUUGUUUCAUAUUAAAGCGUCGUUAACAUUGAGCUUGAUGGCUGCUUUGAUGGGCUUCGAUAUGUUUUUAAAUGCGCAAAUAUUGCGACUCGUGUCCCAUUUGCAUUGCCCGGGCAAGAGUUAUCGUUAUCAUAGCCGAAAUAUAAGCGCAGCCGACCUUGCGACCGUUACUGAAUUCUGAUGUAGAAUCCCUGCCGACCCCUGGCAGGCCAGCCGGAGCUACAGUUAUGUACUAUAAAAGCGAGUGCACCCACAGCAGCCAGUCACACACCGUUAACAAUCGUUCGACGAGCAGCAAUGAAGAGCUUUACCGGAAUAUUCCUGAUGCUUCUGCUGGCCGCGGCCAGCUCAGCAAUGCCGCAGCGCCGCCAGCUGAAGAGCCAGCGUCAAGUGGAGCUAGCCAGCACGCCGUAUCCAGCGGCUGGCUUCCGGCCAAAGAUACCGUUCGAUCUGCCCAGCGAGAGGCAGCCCAAGCUGGAGGAGCCACUGGCCACGACAACGGCGCCAUCGGCCAAGACUGAAGUGGAAGACUUUGGCAUCACGGAGGAGCAAGCGACCACAACGGAGCUCUUGGAGCAAGAGGUACAGGUGAAUGCACGCACACCAGCCAACACCUAUGGAGCACCCGACCAGCCCGAAGAUACCGUGGAGGUGGUGGCCCAGGCACCCGCUCGAGACUUUCAGCCACCCGUUCGCGAGGCUGCGCAGGAUUUUGCCGCUGUUGCCAUUGAUGGCAUUGCUGGUGAACAGCAGCCUGUUGCUGAUCUGCCUGCCCUGGACCAGCCCGAGACGACGCUGAGCGAGGAGCAGGAGGAGCUGUCCACCACCGAGAUUGCCCUCAAAGUGGCCGCCACACCCGCCAACACCUACGGAGCACCCAACACACCCGCUCGAAGCUAUGGCGCACCCGAGCUGGAGGAGCUCGACAACGAACUGGAAACGGAGGAGUCGCAGGUGGAGCUGGUCGAGGAGGCGGAGCAGGAGCUGAACGCCGCUACCCUUGGUCUGUCCAGCGGCCGCCUCGUGCUGCUGCCCAUCAACGCCGCCGGUGCCCAGUUCGGCCGCCUCCUGCUCGCAGUGGAGCAGCCCCAGCAGCAGCCCCUCAGACGCCAACGUGUGCGCAGCGAGCGACUCCGCUUGCGCCGCCACUAAAUCCAGCCAAACCAAAUCCAACUCUCUGAUAUACGAACUAGAAAUGGUAUUAAAUAUUUGCAGGCAGCCUUUAAGCACUUGUUUGUUAUCCAGCUGUGCCGGAAAUGGAAGUAGAAGUAGAAAUGGAAGUGGAAAUGGAAGUGCAAUUGGAAUUGGCUGCUGCAACAGAGUCAAUUCUCCAAUUCUCCAUUCGAUGUGCGUGUUUGCACACAGAUGGAAGUUGGCGCAGCUAAAUUGUCCUCCAUGGUUCAUUGCAUUGUUUAUGCGUUCUGUUUGCCAUUAGACUCGAGUCGAGUUGUGUCGAGUCGAGUCGAGUCGAGUCUCACGUCUGGCACAGUCAAUUGCCUAAUUGAUGCUUAUUGCAGUUCCUACACUUGGCAGUAAAUCGUUGUCGGGGGAGCGAGCGCUUUGUCGAAUAUCAAAUACUUCCAGCUAGAGCAAAUAAUCCGUGGCAGUGAAUGGAGAGUGGAAUCACUCUGCAGUGAUGGUGAUAGAUGCUCCUGAGCAGCACGCAAUGCAGUCUCUCUAGCAGAGAAUCCGAUUAUGGAGUGUAUUCCGGAGUAUCUUCCAGUUGAUCAGCUCGCUUUGCCGGGCUAUGCGUUGUGCCUCUUGGCACUUCGGCUGAUGGAAAUAUAGUGCGUAGCAUUCAUUUUAAUUCGCACGGCAGUGGCAACAAGGGUUUUGCUGCUGCCACGCCCACGCCGCCCAGGCCGCCCACACUGGCAUGGCAACUAUGUAUUUUGGGGCCGUUUUGAUCAAAUGGAAAGAAAACUUUUCUCAUUACUCAUUGCCAAGCCAAGGCAAACAAACAAACCAACGAACCGACCGAGCCAGGCCAACAGACCAGCGCAACUAACGGCAGUCAACAACUAAGAGUCAACAGGCAGGGGGCGGGCCGGGUUCGAGUUGAUGGGGGAUUUAUAACAGUACACAGCUGCAGCAGCAGCAGCAACAGCAUCAGCAGCAAUAGCAAUUGCAAUAGCAAUAGCAUCAACAAGAGCAACAGCAUCAGCCGGCUGUAGCUUUCCAUUUUCUACUGACUAAUCCCACGUAUGUAGUGCUACGGCUACACUGAGCGAAACUAGACUACUGAAUACAAAUGAAAA